AUGGAACAUGGGGACAAAGCCGUGCAAGCGCUCGAGGAGGAACUCCAGUACUACCGCGGCCUCAUUGAAGAGGAGCGGGUGCGGCUGAACGAGCUUCAGCAGCAGAGGGGCAUUCCUUCGAGCGACAGCGAUUGGGCUCGGCGCGCCGCGGAGCGAAGAUUUCUGACGGAGGAAAAUGCUGCGCUUCGCCAACACAUCACGAAGCUAAAGCGCGCAGAGCAAAAACUCGCGCACGACCCGCAGGUGCUCGACGCGCGCAAUAAGGUCGCCGCUGUGAGGAAGGAAGUGAAUGAGUUGGCGAAGGAAGUGGAGACGUUGGAGGUAGUGCGACAACAGUGGAAGAAGAACAUGAACGAGGUGAGGGCGCGGGAGAGGUCAGUCACUGCGAUUCGCGGGAAGCAGUUCGAGGAACAGCAGGAGCUCCGUGUGAAACUGCGCGAGCUCACCGAAGAGCUGAGGCGGCUAGAGAAGGGGGACAUCCAGCUGCACGAACGCUUUGCGCUGCUACAAAAACAGGUUGCGACGAAGGUGCAGGAAAAGGAUGUCGUCAGUCUGAGAGAAAAGAUCGAGCAACAGGAUAACAAAAUAAGUAUGCUAAGAGGGAGGAGAGAAGAGCUUAGGGCGCGUCGCGCUGAUUUGUUGGAUGAUGACCGGCGUCUUGCCUUUAGGGAGGGACGGGCAAGGGCCAAAAUGGAAAAGGACAUUAGGGAAUUGAAGGCGCUGGUGCUUCAACGCGAUGAAGAGCUUGGUCAACUAUACCGCAAUGUAGGUCGAAUGCGCGGUGGGCAGCUGUGA